AUGUCGAGGAACGCAACAACCGUACCGGGGUUCUUCCCGUACUUUGGCUACAUGCUAAAGGAUGUCGGCAGUCGCCUCUCCAUGAUCUCACACUACAUGCAGACGAAGCGCCACCCCUACCCGAUGAUGCGACACCAGAACGUCCGCGCCUACCGCGGCAUGCUGCCCUGGACGCAGGACGCCACCUUCAUUGCGCCGAGCGCUUAUGUCGUCGGCAACGUGGUGCUUGGCCACCACACAGUGAUCUUCUACCACUCGGUGCUGCGCAACUACCACACCAAAACCCCCACUAUCCUUGGCGAUCACACGGUCGUGAUGGACCGUGUGACGCUGAUGGGCCAGAUCAUGGUGGGGCACAGCACGUACAUCGGUGCCGGCGCCACGCUAGACUGCUGUGAAGUGCACGACAACGUGUACAUCGGGCCUGGCGCCUCCAUCGCGCUCGGCGCCGUCAUCGAGAACAACGCCAUUGUUGCUGCGGGCUCGGCGGUGCCGAAAGAUGCACGGGUGUAUGCGGGGGAGCUGUGGGCAGGCAAUCCUGCGCAGAAGAUCGCGGAUGUCAGCCCGGCACAGUCAAGCGAGGUACAGCACAUGGUACAUGACCAAAUCCAGGUGGGCAAGGCGCACAACAAGGCCAUCUGUGACCACGUCGAGCACACGAAGGAACUCGACGUGAAAUGGCUGAACGAGGCCGUUUCGAUGAUGGAGGCGCAGCAGCAGCAGAUGUCCAUCAAGCUACCGAUGGAGAUCCCACUAGAGGCGCGGCGGUUUCUGCAGCCGCGAGUGCACAUGCGCCGCCCUGAGAUGCACAUGCGGAUGUCCUACCCGGUCAACCGCACCGCGCCGUGGAUGCCAAAGUCUGGCGACCAGACCGCGAACGUGUAA